AUGAUUUCUCCGGAUCAGCAGCAGCAGCAGCAGCCCAACCAUGUCGUGGCGACCAUUGAAAAUCUGCCUCCCGAGGGCAUCGGCGGCGGUGGCGGCGGCCGGAGCUGCAUCUCCGCCCCGCCUUCCUCCAGUGUGCGCCAGAAGAUCCGUAAAGUGUUUAACAGAGCUAAGGAGGCAACUUAUAUAGAUGGAGAAUGUUUGGGUGCAAAUGUCCCUCCUUAUGACUUGCUAACCAAAAGUGAAGAAAAUUUAUUGGCAAUCUUAAAACGAAGAUGGUGGAAGUACAUGAUCCUUGGAAUAAUAGAUAUAGAAGCAAAUUACCUGGUAGUUAAAGCUUAUCAAUAUACCACUUUUACUAGUGUACAGCUCCUAGAUUGUUUUGUGAUUCCAGUGGUGAUCUUACUUUCUUGGUUCUUCCUCCUGGUGCGAUACAAAGCAGUGCACUUCAUCGGGAUUGUGGUGUGCAUUCUGGGCAUGGGCUGCAUGGCAGGAGCAGAUGUUCUUGUUGGAAGACAGCAAGGAGCAGGAGAAAAUAAACUUAUAGGUGAUCUUCUAGUACUAGGUGGGGCCACUCUCUAUGGCAUUUCCAAUGUCUGUGAGGAGUACAUCGUACGGAAUCUGAGUAGAGUGGAGUUCCUAGGGAUGAUUGGACUCUUUGGUUCCUUCUUCAGUGGAAUUCAGCUGGCCAUAAUGGAACACAAAGAAUUGUUAAAAGUGCCCUGGGACUGGCAAAUAGGAUUACUGUAUGUUGGCUUUAGUGCCUGCAUGUUUGGCCUCUAUAGCUUCAUGCCUGUGGUGAUUAAGAAAACGAGCGCUACAGCAGUCAACCUCUCCCUCCUUACAGCAGAUUUAUACAGCCUUUUCUGCGGAUUCUUUCUCUUCUACUACAAGUUUUCAGGACUUUAUCUGCUGUCAUUCUUCACAAUCCUUGUUGGCCUUUUGCUGUACUCCUCUACAUCCACAUACAUAGCCCAAGAUCCACGGGUGUACAAGCAGUUCCGAAAUCCUUCAGGACCUGUUGUAGACUUGCCAGCCACUGGACAGCUAGAACCUUCAGUAACAUACACCAGCCUCGGCCAAGAAACGGAAGAAGAAUCUCAUGUCCGUGUUGCCUAAACUCAGGCCCUGCCACCCUUGGUGGAGUUUGUAUCACCAUUAUCUCUGUAUCAUUCAUAGAGAAAGGUAUUUUCUGGAUGCAGUGACUCUAGUCAGCUGCAAGGUAGCAAAUAGGGGAAGUUUAUUAAAAAAAACAAAAAACCACCACCAUUAAAAUCUUGAAUGCUUGACUAGGAGCUGUAAUUCACAGUCCUUCACGUGGAGCAGUGCUUUACAAUCUACAAAUCUUAAUUAAAGUUUUCUUAAGGAGAUGUUGUGAAAUGGCAGGGAAACUUUCCUGAAGGACAGUUUGCCUACCUCAAAGCCUCUAUUGGAAUGGAACCCAUCUGUAGUUGUAGAGAGCACGUUUUAGUUUACAUGGAGCAAACAGGCAUGGCCAGAGCCAUAUCUGAACUGAACAAUCCAUUCUACAAUAUGCCCUGAGACCCUUCACAAUUUGCUGGAGAAAUACAGAAGUAGAUUCUAAGGGGGAAGGAGGGGGGGACUGGUGGGAAGGCAUCUCCCAGUGUCACUUUGCUAACCUGUAUUCGGUAAUCUAGAAUACUGAACCAACAGUACAAUAUUAAGGCUUCUGAAGAGAAUAAAUACGAUUUAAAAUGGCUCUGAUUCUUGGCAGAAAUGCCAUGCUAGUCAAAAGAUACUUUGCAAAAAGAAUUUGAGAUUAUUAUUUUUUUAAGUGUUUUGCCCAAAGACUGAUUGCUUGGGAACACCAUAUGUAACAAAUAGGAUGAACCUUGUAAAAUUUCUUCAUUAAGGUAUAUUUUUCCUGACCAAAGGGUGACCAAAUGACACUGGUAGACUAUUACACAGUGUUAUGCAUUUUUCAUUCAGAAAAUAAAUGAAGUCCUGAGAAAUACCUUCAAGCAGUUUUGUCUAGGUGGGCGUUAAAAUAAAUUUAGUGCAGGUGAUGUUGAUGCGGGGAAAGGGAUGAAGUGGGAAUCGAAUAUCUGAUGAGAAUUGGAACAGUUGACUGUGGGUGGGCGAUCUUCAGUUUUUUUCAACCUGUAGAACUCCCCACCUGUCCUUUUGCUGUACUCUUUUCAAAGCAAAAAACAACCCUCCCAUAUACACACCUUUACCUGGGGAAAAAGACUUCAGAACAGUGUCAAAAGCUCCAGUCAAGGGGUAAAUUCCAGCUGGGGAUCUGGGAAUUGACUACAAGUUCCCAAAACCUUGUCAGGAAAAUUUACUCUACAUACCAGUUUCCACCAACAAUGGAUACUCUUCCUCAGUGACAGUGAUAAUUUCUGGAACAUGAAUGCCAAAUUUGCAUUCAAGUUCCAGGUAGCCAACAAAAAGAGAGAGAGAGACAAUAUUGUCUAUCUAAAAAAGAAGCCUGGCUCUGCUGCUCCUUAUCUCCUCUUUUUGACAUAGUGGAAGAGAAAGAGGCAGGCUUUCAAUAGGACCUGUUUAGUGUAUGUUUGAGGAAAGACUUGAAAAUUUGAAUAUUUUCAGGAUGAAUGUGGAUUUGUUCACCAAUUGCUAAUGGAAAGGGACUUGAAACAUGGGAAGCAAGAAAACUUGGUAAUUAACAUUUAAUGCAACAAGGGAAAUGCCUAGUAGGGCCAAAUAUGCAUGGAUACUACCAAUUUUUGUCCAGUUGAGAUACGCAGAAUCUAUACCCUAGUGCCAUUGUGUUCAUUCAGCUACCUUAGCUAUCUGGUUACCUAUUCUCUGAAGCCUCUCUCAGCCUGGGCCCUCCUGAUGUGAUGGGCAGAAUUCUCUCACCUCUAGCUACGCUGCCUAGGAGUUUCACUCCAAUGCCUUUUGAAGGGCUGAGGUUGGUGAAGAUGGCUCAGAAGAAGUUCUGGGAAGCCAUGGAUGGACAGCUACCAGUAUCCAUCUCUAUUCUAAGAAUAGGUUGAAAAGAGACUUUUUAACCUUUUUUUAAAAUAUGUGCAUAAUAGUAUAAUAGUCAAACACUGACCUUUGAAAUAUUUUUACAGUAUUACUGUAGGCAGCUGAGAUUUGCUAAUAACAUAAUUACAUUUCCACUUUCACUCUCUUAACCUUACAGAUACCAACAAGUUCCUUUCUCUUUGCAAAUUUAGUUGCUACUGAGAAAAAAAGAAAUGGAAUAUUUUUGUAGACAUUCUGUCCAAAGAGGAACACAGGAAUAGCUGACCUGUGCUGCUCUCAUUCACAUUCACUGGCUAGAUGUGAAUAGUUUAGAACUCAGUAUGUUCAAAGUCUUUAUGCUUAUUCCAUAUUUUUUUGAAGGAGGAGGUGUUUCUUCUGUAUCUUAGUCCACUGUUUUUCCUUUGAAUCAAUAACCCAUUCCUGCUUCCAAAUGUGAUGUCUGCUUAGAUCCUUAGUCUUCUUGUAUGGAUUUGCACAUUCCUUUCCUUAACAAAAUUCUUGUGAUUGUCACUGCUCGGCGACACAUGCAUUAUGCUCAAGCUGGUUAAUUAAAAUAUAGCCUCAUUUCCUGGUUAGGAAAAGCACCCAACAGAUUUUUCCUCUGUCUGCAAAAUUAAUGUAGGAACUCGGCAGUAGUUUUGUUUCCUUCGAGAAUAUUGGCCAAAGUCAUUCUUUUAUCAUUAUGUAUUCAUCUGAAUGAAGUUGGUGACGCAACAGUUCUCAAGGUGCCCGUACCUCCCAACUACCAUAGAAUUGACCUCACUUGGGCAGGAUUCAGUUUACAUAAUUGGGGCCUUGGCUUAAUUAUGGCUACAGUUCUUACAAAGAAAAAGAGGCAUAAUACUAUAUGUUCAUGGUGCUAUAAGCAAAACUAGAAUCAUCUCUUGUCCUUUAACAUCAGAACAAAGAUACUCCUGUGAUUUAAGAGCCUUGAAGCUGAUCCAGAAACAAAAUUCAGAUUUCUUUAGAGCCUCUAGCCCUUGAAAGAAAAUUGGGAUAGGAAAGCUUUUUGAAAUGUGUUGUUAGAAUGGAAGAAUCAAAUAACUCCUUUUAAAGCUUACUCUUUCUGCACAGUUGAUCACAGUAAUCUACUAAGUAUUUUGGAUCUCCUAUGGUAUGAAUACAGCCUCUCAAUGCUCUUCAUUACAGCAAACUUGAUUGGCUGGUUUUAGGUUUCUGAAUUAUCUUAGGAAAAAGAUACACUUGUUUCUUUUUAGAUGCACUAAUUUAAUUAUUUGAUUCAUUUAAAUCAACAGGAUCUUUUUUUAGACUAACUUGGAAGCCUGAGAAAACAUGCAUUUGUUUUAAUAAGUGGCAAAGAGCUGUUGUGUUUGCAAGAAGUCUGAAGCAUUUUUUUCCUAAUAAUAUUUGAAGCAUUGCCAGUUUUAUAAAAAAUAUUAUUUUACCUACCUCAGGAGAAAAAGAACAAAGAGAUGAGACUACAGAGGUAUUGAAUAUUUCCUCAGUGAGCUGAAUUUGCCAACGAACCUCUUUCUUAUAUUCUUAAGAAUAUCGAAGGUUUGCAGUAUACAGUACAGUACAGUCAAAGUAAGCUGCUGCAUUUUUACAUGUGAAAAUUACAUUCAUGAAGUCCAUUCUUUUAAAAAUUUAUCUUCAUCAUGAACCUAAUUCCUCUGAGAGCUGUAUGUUAUAGCACCAUCAUACAUUGUUUCAUUUUAGAAUUCUAAUAUAUACAGUAUAUAUGUAUCUUCGGUAGUACAGAACUAGGGAUUUGCACAGCAGUGGGUUUCACAUUUUGUUACCACCAAUUCGCCUGCUCCCCCCCCACACACACACACACAUGCACACCUAAC